AAGAAAUCUGAUAAUCAUGAAAUUAAUGCACCUGAUUGGUUAGGAUUUGUAAUCUCUUUAGUCCAAACUGUACCCAUAUCAUUUUCUGAUAACGAAUAUAUUCUGACUCCUCCUGAUCUUUCUCACUCAUCGUCUUUACUUCUCUUUUCAGCUCCUGUUGUACAAGGUUCUUAUCAUCCUGCUACUAAUGGAGGAAGAGAAAGUUUUAUGCUCUCAAAGCACUUAUACAAUGGCAUUACUAAUAACAAGCAAGUUCUCUCCAACAUCAUCGUAUCAUAUACAAACAAGAAUAAACAUUACAAUGCUUUGAAAAAUAAUAUGCAAAGAACAGUUUUAUCAGUCAUAGAAAGGUUAAAAAUUGGAACUUCCAAGAUUCCACAUAUUAUCGCUUUUGAUAUCAAAUGGACUUAUUUAGGUAGCGAACCACAGUAUUCAGAUCAAGAAAUAUGUUAUGCUUUCCCUCCACCUCUUCAGAAAAAACCAAAGCUCUCCUCAUUUCAAAUGUUUGGUAGAAAGAUAUCAAAUGAAAAACAAGCUUUUGUUAAUUUUAUGGAUGCUAUUUCUCAAGUUUGUACUAAUAAAUAUAACUCUGAACCUACCAAUGUAGAUCCUACACCCGAAAAUAGGGAAUACAUUACUCUAUCUGACAUUGAUAUUAAAAUUAUACCUCUUUCUAAUCUCGAGGAAGAUGCUAAUACUAUAUCUACUGAUAAUAUCAAAUCAGCUACACCUACUUCUUGCAAUACAUCUACUUUUUAA